CCCCAUGCAGUCAUCUCCAGAGGAGGCCCGCAGGGCAGCAGCAGAGGAAAUCCAAUGGUCCAGGCCUGAGUGCCAGGCAUGGACAGGAAUGCUGUUGUUAGGCACCUGCUUGCUGUACUGUGCCCGUGUCACCAUGCCUGUUUGCACUGUCGCCAUGAGCCAGGACUUUGGCUGGAACAAGAAGGAGACCAGCAUUGUGCUUAGCAGCUUCUUCUGGGGCUACUGCCUGACACAGGUGGUGGGCGGCCACCUUGGGGACCGCAUCGGGGGUGAGAAGGUCAUCCUGUUGUCAGCCUCCACCUGGGGCUUCAUCACCGUUGUUACUCCACUGCUUGCCCGCCUUGGCAGUGCCCACCUGGUCUUCAUGACCUUCUCACGCAUCCUCACAGGCUUGCUGCAAGGUGUCUACUUCCCGGCCCUGACCAGCCUGCUGUCCCAGAGAGUGCGGGAGAGCGAGCGAGCCUUAACCUACAGCACAGUUGGCGCUGGCUCCCAGUUUGGGACACUGGUGACAGGGGCUGUGGGCUCCCUGCUGCUGGAGUGGUGUGGCUGGCAGAGCGUCUUCUACUUCUCUGGUGGCCUCACCUUGCUCUGGGUGUGUUACCUGUACAAGUACCUGCUAAGUGAAAAAGACCUCCUCCUGGCCCUGGGUGUCCUGGCACAAGGCCUGCCCAUGGCCAGGCCCUCCAAAGUGCCCUGGAGACAGCUCUUCCGGAAACCGUCUGUCUGGGCAGCCAUCUGCUCCCAGCUGUGCUCUGCAUGCUCCUUCUUCAUCCUCCUCUCCUGGAUGCCCACCUUCUUUAAGGAGACCUUCCCCCACUCCAAGGGCUGGGUCUUCAAUGUGGUACCCUGGUUGGUGGCAAUUCCUGCCAGUCUGUUCAGUGGGUUUCUUUCUGACCACCUCAUCAAUCAGGGUUACAGAACCAUCACAGUCCGGAAGCUCAUGCAGGUGAUGGGCCUCGGCCUGUCAAGCAUCUUCGCCCUGUGUCUGGGUCACACCACAAGCUUUCUCAAGGCUGUGAUCUUUGCAUCAGCCUCCGUUGGCCUCCAGACUUUCAACCACAGUGGCAUUUCUGUUAACAUCCAGGACCUGGCCCCGUCCUGCGCAGGCUUUCUGUUUGGUGUGGCCAACACUGCAGGAGCCUUGGCAGGUGUGGUAGGUGUGUGUCUGGGCGGCUACCUGAUCGAGGCCACGGGCUCCUGGACUUGUGUGUUCAACCUGGUGGCCAUUAUCAGCAACCUGGGGCUGGGCACCUUCCUGGUGUUUGGACAGGCCCAGAGGGUGGACCUCAUCCCUGCCCAUGAGGACCUCUAGCUCCUUCACCCACCAGCCCCACCCAGGAUUCUGGCGCCCGCAGCCUCCAGAGACAACAGGAUCCAUUUAAAAGAUUCAGUGGAUCUCCACCUUAAAUGUGUGAGCAAAGGACAAAGUUCACAGUGGAGCCAGUGGCUCAGGAGGAAUCCAGUGAGCUGGAAGAAAAGGU